GCUGUGGUAACUAGUGACGAGCGAGGAGGCUGUUGAAGCAACAUGGCGCCGCACAGCAAAGCAAUCCUGCACGCCUUAUCGUCUCACGUUACCGGAGCUUGUCAGAACUGAGGGGCGAUCAGAGGACAGACGACCACCACAUUGGCACACCACCGAGCCUUGCUCCCAUUCCGGGGACUAAACACGGUUCAAAGUAUUUCUGUACAGGUCCGAGUGCGCCCAUGCAGAACCACAGGAAAUGAAUAAAGCACCACAGCCUAUAACGGGACCCCCCUCUGCCACCCACCCUGCCCCCUCCCCCGGAAUCCAACAGGCCACCUUCCCUCCUGGACAACCCCCCUCUGUUGUCUUUGCCACCCCACCUCCACAAAUGAACCCAGCACCACAGCACCGACAGUUUGCCCCCGGGCCCCGUGCUUUACACCAACAGGGAGGAUUCAGGUCACUGCAGCCGUACUAUAGCCGGCCCAGUCUGCCCAGCAAUGCCCCCCGGGUGCCCCCCAGCAGCACGCCAAGGCCUGUGGCGCCCACACACGUCUACCAGCCGGGCCAACAGAUGAUGAUGAUCCCCUCACAGCAGAUCCCCUUCCCCAACCAACAGGGCCCCGCCUACUUCAUACCCGGACAGUACCGGUCAACGUACGUGGCCACCCCUCAGCAGUACCCGGUCCCACCGGGCACUCCAGGCUUCUACCCAGGCACCAGCCCAGCUGAAUAUGGUACAUAUGCAGGGGCAUACUACCCGGCCCAACAGCAGUACACGUCCUCAGUGCCGGCUGCUCCGGUCAUCAUGAACCCUCCCCCCCAGCAGCAGCAACCACCUCCACAGCAACAGAUCCACCCCAAAAGGGAGCGCAAACAGGUACAGAUCAUAAUACGAGACCCUAACCAGGGUGGUAGAGACAUCACUGAGGAGAUUAUGUCAGGGGGCACCCGCAGUGGCACCACCCCCACACCCCCACAGGUGAGCGACGACUCUUCAGAGUCGUCUAUAUCUGGAUCAGAGGGCCCAGCCGUUGGCCAGGCCGACGGGGAGAACGUGACACCUGUCGUGGUCAGACCAGAUGACCGAGGGAAUCCUGCAGCCACUCUCAUAACUAGCCCCCCAGCCCUGUCUAAAACCCCUGAACUGGUCAAGACUUACCCUGCCCCAACAGAGGUCAAACUCCCAGACACAAACAGUAAAUCCCCUUCCUUAUCCCAGGACCUACCCACACCCCCGUCGGUAACUACCACCCACCACACUACUGUCCCUACUACCCCCCAACCCUCAACUAGUCCCAUUGCAGACAUGAUGGACGCUCCAGCUGCUGCUCCAGCCCCAUCUGCCCCUGAAGUGCCCGCUUACCCUGCACCCCUGCCUGAACCCCGCCCCACUCCUGCAGCUGAGGAGCAUCCCUCAGCUACCAAGGAGGAGCGGGAGGAAGUGAAGAUUAAAGAGGAGGUGGCGGAGGCUAGGCAGGAGGUGACUACAUCAUCCAAACCUGAGCCUUCCCUUGCUCCAGUGAUCACCCCUAGCAGCAACACUAAUGGUAUCUCUGCCACCCAGCCACCCCCAGCCAAGGAGGAGGAGCCAGCAGCCCUGUCCAUCAACAUGCCCACCCCCCAGGCAGCAGAACCCCCCCCGGAGUCUCCUAUCGCCCAGCCAGAGGAGCUCAGGCUGCCCAAUGGCCUGCCGCUCCCCAGUCCCCAGGACCCUGAGAAGAUGUCUGCUGAGUCGUCGGAGUGUGACGUCAGCCCCAUUGCUGAGCCUGAGGUGGCUCAGUUACAGAGCGAGGCACCCAUGCCUAAACUGAUGCCUGUUGCAGUCACAGCAACGCCCGCCCCCGUUGUCAAGGCGACGCCCGCCCCCGUUGUCAAGGCGACGCCCGCCCCCGUUGCCCAGGCGACGCCCGCCCCCGUUGCCCAGGCGACGCCCGCCCCCGUUGCCCAGGCGACGCCCGCCCCCGUUGCCCAGGCGACGCCCGCCCCCGUUGCCCAGGCGACGCCCGCCCCCGUUAGCCAGGCGACGCCCGCCCUAGCUGAGACUGCUACUACUACAGUUGUAACUGCUCCCCGUGUAGAAGACGAGAUGGACUCUCCACCACCACAGAGCACCACACCAGCCGGGGAGAGUUCUAUGCAAGCUGCUGUUUCUGUGCCAAAAAAAAAGAGGAAGAUGAAGGAUCUGAACAAGAAGGAGGCUGUUGGAGACCUCCUGGAUGCCUUUAAGGAGGAGCAGGUAGUGGAGAGCACUCCUGAGCCAGAGCAGGCCACACCCACUUCUGCCUCUGACGCUAAGGAGCCCCGCCCAGCCAACACCCCUGCAGUCGAAGAGGUGGAGGAGACGUGGGAGGAGAAGGAGGACAAACUGGAUGCAGAGAAUAUCGAACCCAAGCCCGAGGAUCUGAAGUACCAGUACAAAGAGGAACUAUGUAGGCCUAUAGACCCAGAGGAGAAGAAGAGGUAUGACAGGGACUUCCUGCUGGGCUUCCAGUUCAUCAGUGCCGCCAUGUCCAAGCCUGAGGGCCUGCCUCAGAUCAGUGACGUGGUGCUGGACAAGGCCAAUAAGGCCCCUCUCCGCCAGCUGGACCCCAGCCGUUUGCCAGGGAUGAACAUGGGCCCCGACUUCACACCCUCGUUUGCCAACCUUGGCAGGCCUGGAAUGGGAGGAGGAGGUGGAGGUGGCCACAGAGGAGGACCACCUUCUGGUAUGGGUGGUGGAGGACCGCGUCGCUCCCAGCAGGGCCAGCGUAAGGAGCCAAGGAGGAUCAUCAACAUCUCUUCGUCUCUGACGGAAGACGUGAAGCUCAACAAGGCUGAGAAGGCCUGGAAGCCCGCUGUCAAGAAGGCUACCAGUGGGCAAGCUGCUCCUGAGGAGGAGAGCGACGACUCGGAACAGGCCAAGACCCAGGAGCUGUUCAAGAGGGUCCGUAGUAUCCUGAACAAGCUGACCCCUCAGAUGUUCCAACAGCUGAUGAAGCAGGUCACAGAGCUGACCAUCGAUACAGAGGAGAGGCUGAAGGGAGUGAUAGAUCUGAUCUUUGAGAAGGCCAUCUCUGAACCCAACUUCUCCGUGGCCUACGCCAACAUGUGCCGCUGCCUUAUCGGGCUCAAAGUCCCCACCACAGACAAGCCGGGAGUCACUGUGAAUUUCCGCAAGCUGCUUCUGAACCGCUGUCAGAAGGAGUUUGAGAAGGACAAGGACGAUGAUGUCAUCUUUGAGAAGAAGCAGAAAGAGCUGGACGCUGCAGCCACGGAGGAGAAGGAUCGCCUGAAGGCAGAGCUGGAGGAGGCCAAAGACAAGGCACGGCGGCGGUCGCUAGGCAACAUCAAGUUCAUUGGUGAGCUAUUCAAGCUGAAGAUGCUGACGGAGGCCAUCAUGCACGACUGCAUCGUCAAGCUGCUGAAGAACCACGAUGAGGAGUCACUAGAGUGCCUCUGUAGACUCUUGUCAACUAUAGGGAAGGACCUGGACUUUGAAAAGGCAAAGCCACGUAUGGACCAGUACUUUGCCCAAAUGGACAAGAUCAUCAAGGAGAAGAAGACAUCGUCCAGAAUCCGCUUCAUGCUGCAGGACGUACUGGACCUCAGGAGGAACACGUGGGUCCCCAGGAGAGGAGAGCAGGGCCCCAAGACCAUAGACCAGAUCCACAAGGAUGCUGAGCUGGAGGAGCACAGGGAGGUUCUCAAGGUGCAGCAGCAACUCCUCAACCAGAACACCCGAGGAGGAGUUGGAGGACGUGGUGGUGGAGGAAGAGAUCAGGGAAGCCGCGGGGGCCAACACCCCCAGACGGGCCAAAGGAGUCAGCCCCAGGACGAGGGCUGGAACACAGUUCCCAUCUCCACCAAGAGCAGACCCAUCGACACCAGCCGACUCAGCAAGAUCACUAAGCCCGGGGCUUUGGACUUCAACAACCAGCUGCUGGCGCCCCAGCUCGGGGGUAAGGGCAUGUGGGGCAGCUGGGGCAAGGGCAGCAGUGGAGGCACCACCGGAGCCAAACCCGCUGGUGAAGCCACCCCAGAGUCAGGAGGCCGCCCUGCCACCAGCACCCUCAACAGGUUCUCAGCAUUGCAGCCACAGCAGCCCUCCUCCUCAGGGCCCUCACAUGACUCGGACAGAAGAGUUCCUCAGAGGAACAGCUCGAGCCGGGACCGUGGCAGCGACAGAUUUGAGCGUCAUGACCGUGGCAGCAACGACCGCUUCGACAGGCGGGAUGACCGGCGAGACGACCGGGACAGGAACCGGCCCCCGGUCACCAAGCGGAGCUUUAGCAGGGAGACGGAGGAGCACAGCAGAGAGAGGGAGCACCGCUCCCCUGCUGAUCCUGUACGCCGUGUAGCCAGCAUGACCGAUGACCGGAGCAGCAGAGACCGAGCCAGGAGCAAAGACAAUGUGAAGAGUGAAGCUGCUCUGACCCCCCCUCCUGCCCAGAACAAACCUGCCUUGAGUGAAGAAAUGCUGGAAAAGAAGUCCACAGCUAUCAUAGAGGAGUACCUACACAUCAACGACAUGAAGGAGGCGCUGCAGUGUGUAGUGGAGAUGAACAGCACCCCGCUGCUCUUUGUGUUUGUACGGAGUGGUCUAGAGUCCACUCUGGAGCGCAGCCCCAUCGUCAGAGAACGCAUGGGCCUGCUGCUGCACCAGCUGUACAAGGCAGGGACCCUGCCCAAAGAGCAGUACUACAGAGGGCUUCAAGAGAUACUGGAGGUGGCGGAGGACAUGGCCAUAGACGUCCCCCACAUCUGGCUCUACCUGGCUGAGCUUAUCACCCCUAUGCUUCACGAAGGAGGCAUCCCCAUGGGACAGCUCUUCAAGGAGAUAUCCAAGCCCCUGGUUCCACAGGGGAUGGCUGGAGUUCUGCUGGUCCAGAUCCUCACCUUACUCUGCAAAGGAAUGAGCCAUAAAAAGGCAGGCGCCAUGUGGAGGGAGGCGGGGCUUAGCUGGAAAGACUUUCUGCCUGAGGACGAGGACGUCAACAAGUUUGUGACAGAAAAGAAUGUGGAGUUCACCCUGGGAGGAGGAGAUGAUGAGACAGAGAAGAGCAGAAAGAAAGAGCUGAGCUCAGAGGAGCUGAACAAACAGCUGGACAGACUCAUACAGGACAAGGCUGACAACCAGAGGAUCUAUGAUUGGGUCGAGGCUAACCUGGACGAGACGCAGAUGUCCUCCAACAUGUUUGUCAGAGCAGUCAUGACAUCCAUCUGCCAGUCAGCCAUCAUCUGUGAGAACCCUUACAAGUUGGAUGCGAAGGUGAUCACCCGGAGGGCCAAGCUGCUCCACAAGUACCUGAAGGAUGAGCAGAAGGAGCUGCAGGCUCUCUACGCCUUGCAGGCCCUCAUGGUGGAGAUGGAGCAGCCUGCCAACCUGCUGCGGAUGUUCUUUGACACGCUGUACGAUGAGGACGUGAUCAAAGAGGAGGCCUUCAACAAGUGGGAGUCCAGCAAGGACCCCGCAGAGAUGCAGGGUAAGGGUGUGGCCCUGAAGUCCGUCACCGCCUUCUUCACCUGGCUCCGUGAGGCCGAGGACGAGGAGUCUGACAACAACAGCUAGGACCUGCUCACCAGCGCCCCCUGAACUCUGGGAAGACCUGGAGGAGGAAAAAUAACAUCCUGUUGAUGAUGAUUCAGGAACACGGGGCUGUUAGAAUCAACUAAAUCCUUCAGCGUUAAAAGGAAAAGAGGAAAAAAUCAGCGAGGAGAUUCUACUACGGAUUGAACAUGCAAUCGUUUUAUUUUCUUCACUUUUGUUUAUUUUGCGCUGCCGAAUGUCUUUGAACUAAAUUGAGAAAGUAAUUGCGAGAGCGAUAUGUGUUACAACAAGCUGUAGGGGUGGCUGUUUCCUUCAGUGUUUUGAGGUUUUAUCCCUUGUUUUAAAGGCGUCAUGUUGCCGUAGCAACACUAUUCAUGAUGUUUAGCAAAACAACAAAUUAAAUCCCCAACAGACCGAACUAAUAAAGGCUGCUCAUAUAUAUAUUUUUGAUUACAUCAUAUAUCCUGUUGAAUGAGACAUGAUGGCCAUCAUGUUGAAUGUAUGAUUCUACACGACUGUCAGUGAUUUAGCUCUUUCUUUUUGAGUUUAGGAUGAUUGAAGUGUUUCUUUUUUUUAGAUAAAGAAAAGUGGACAUGCUGGAGCUCGCUUUCUUUGAACAUUACAGUGUGGAGUCUUUGAGACUCCUGUGGACUUCCUGUCUGGUGGAGAGGGACAGUGGGGCAAUGGACAAUGACCUUUUGCUGCUGGGGGUCACAAUGCUUCCUUAUGGCCAUGCUCGCCAACCCCAAUUUGUCCCGUGUUACUUUUUUCCUACACUUCCAAAAACUGUGGGUCUGGAAAGGGAGAACGGGCUUGCAACGAUGUGGAUUUUUAAAAAGAGAAAAUCAUAAUUCAAACUUGAAAGGUCUAUAUAUAAAUCAUCUUUAAAGAAGCAAUUUCAAAAGAGUAUAAAAUUACAUUCACAGUACGUUUCCUAAGGCUUUUUCUGCUUCCGUUUAGUGGAAAUGCAUUUCAGGAGAGUUCUGUAAUAUAUUGCUUUUUUGUUUUUCAAAAAUAAAAAUUCUAAUGUUAUGCCAUGUAUUUUUUUUCUGAAACAAAGUGGCAGUUCUCUGUAUUUAUAUUUUUCUCUCCUCAGCUAGCAGGUGCUUGUAAUGAUCCACCUGAAGUCAUUGAUUACAAUUUAAUUGAAUAUUUUGUAAAUACUUUUUUGCUUUACUUUAUGAAGUAUUUAAUUAAGAAAAUGAAUGCCUCUUUUCAUAUCUAAAACUGGAAAAGAUAAUAAAGAACAUUGCAAAUAA